CCUCGGUUUUGGCACUGCAUCGUGAUCCGCGGACUAGUUAAAGCCAUGGCGCCGGCGGGAAUCCUGAACGGGAAGGUGGUCUCUACGCAAAUAAGGGAGAAACUGAAGAACCAAGUCGCUCAGAUGAAAGAACAAGUCCCUGGAUUCACACCAGGCUUAGCGAUUUUACAGGUUGGAGACAAAGAUGAUUCAAAUCUUUAUAUAAAUGUGAAACUGAAGGCUGCUGAAGAGAUUGGGAUCAAAGCCACUCACAUUAAGUUGCCGAGAACAGCCACAGAAUCUGAGGUGUUAAAGCGUAUUAUAUCUUUGAAUGAAGACUCCACUGUGCAUGGGUUCAUUGUACAGCUUCCUCUAGAUUCAGAGAAUCCCAUUAAUACCGAAACAGUGGUCAAUGCCAUUGCACCUGAAAAGGAUGUGGAUGGACUGACUAGUAUCAGUGCUGGAAAACUUGCCAGAGGUGACUUAAAUGACUGUUUCAUUCCUUGUACACCCAAAGGUUGCUUGGAACUCAUCAAAGAGACAGGGGUGCAGAUUGCUGGAAGGCAUGCGGUGGUGGUGGGGCGCAGUAAAAUAGUUGGUGCCCCAAUGCAUGACUUGCUUCUGUGGAAUAAUGCCACAGUGACCACCUGCCACUCAAAAACUGCAAAUCUGGAUGCAGAGGUGAAUAAAGGGGAUAUUCUUGUGGUUGCCACUGGUCAGCCUGAAAUGGUGAAAGGGGAGUGGAUCAAACCUGGGGCAAUAGUCAUUGACUGUGGAAUCAAUUAUGUUCCUGAUGACACAAAACCAAAUGGGAAAAAAGUUGUGGGUGACGUGGCAUACGACGAGGCCAAAAUGAGAGCAGGCUUCAUUACCCCUGUUCCUGGUGGUGUCGGGCCCAUGACGGUGGCAAUGCUAAUGCAGAGCACAGUGGAGAGUGCAAAACGUUUCCUGGCGAAAUUUAAGCCAGGAAAGUGGGUGAUUCAAUAUAACCACCUUAACCUCAAGACACCUGUUCCAAGCGACAUUGAUAUAUCACGAUCUUGCAAACCAAAGCCUAUUGGUAACUUGGCUCGAGAAAUUGGUCUGCUCUCCGACGAGGUAGAACUGUAUGGUGAGACAAAGGCCAAAGUGCUGCUUUCGUCACUAGAGCGCCUGAAGCACCAGCCAGAUGGGAAAUACGUGGUGGUGACUGGGAUAACCCCAACGCCCUUGGGAGAAGGGAAGAGCACCACGACAAUCGGACUGGUGCAAGCCCUCGGUGCCCACCUGCAUCAGAAUGUGUUUGCAUGCGUGCGACAGCCUUCUCAGGGUCCAACCUUUGGAAUAAAAGGUGGUGCUGCGGGCGGUGGAUACUCACAGGUUAUUCCUAUGGAAGAGUUUAAUCUUCACCUCACAGGUGACAUCCAUGCCAUCACUGCAGCCAAUAACCUUGUUGCUGCAGCCAUCGACGCCCGGAUAUUCCAUGAACUGACACAGACAGACAAGGCUCUCUUCAAUCGUUUGGUACCAUCGGUAAACGGAGUAAGAAAGUUCUCUGAUAUCCAAAUCCGAAGGCUACGGCGCCUUGGCAUUGAAAAGAACGACCCUGCCACACUGACAGAAGAAGAGAUAAACAGAUUUGCACGAUUAGAUAUUGAUCCAGAAACUAUAACUUGGCAAAGAGUGUUGGAUACCAACGAUAGAUUUCUGAGGAAGAUCACAAUUGGACAAGCUCCAACAGAGAAGGGGCAUACACGGAUGACCCAGUUUGAUAUCUCUGUGGCCAGUGAAAUCAUGGCUGUCUUGGCUCUCACCAGUUCUCUAGAAGACAUGAGAGAGAGACUGGGUAAAAUGGUGGUAGCUUCCAGCAAGAAAGGGGAACCCAUCAGUGCUGAAGAUCUGGGGGUGAGUGGUGCAUUGACGGUGCUUAUGAAGGAUGCCAUCAAACCCAACCUAAUGCAGACACUGGAGGGCACACCAGUGUUUGUUCACGCUGGACCGUUUGCCAACAUUGCCCAUGGGAAUUCCUCUAUCAUAGCAGACCGAAUUGCACUCAAACUUGUUGGCCCUGAAGGCUUCGUAGUGACUGAAGCAGGAUUUGGAGCUGACAUUGGAAUGGAAAAGUUCUUCAACAUCAAAUGUCGCUAUUCUGGCCUCCGUCCUCAUGUGGUGGUGCUUGUUGCCACCAUCAGGGCUCUUAAAAUGCACGGAGGUGGCCCCACGGUCACUGCUGGACUGCCUCUACCCAAGGAAUACAUAGAGGAGAACCUGGAGCUGGUUGAAAAAGGCUUCAGCAACUUGAAAAAACAAAUUGAAAAUGCCAGCUUCUUUGGCGUUCCAGUGGUAGUGGCUGUGAAUGCAUUCAAGACGGAUACUGAGGCCGAGCUGGAUCUCGUCAGCCGCCUUGCCAAAGAACACGGGGCUUUUGAUGCCGUGAAGUGUACUCACUGGGCAGAAGGAGGCAAGGGAGCCGUCGUGCUGGCUCAGGCUGUCCAGAGAGCUGCUCAGGCCCCCAGCAAGUUCCAGCUCCUCUAUGAACUCCAGCUCCCAAUCGAGGAUAAGAUCAGGAUCAUUGCACAGAAAAUCUAUGGAGCGGAUAACAUUGAGUUGCUACCUGAAGCCCAGCAGAAAGCUGAAGUCUACACAAAGCAGGGCUUUGGAAACCUUCCCAUCUGCAUGGCUAAAACACACUUGUCCUUGUCUCACAACCCGGAGCAAAAAGGUGUGCCGACAGGCUUUGUUCUGCCCAUCCGUGACAUCCGUGCCAGCGUCGGGGCUGGUUUUCUGUACCCCUUAGUAGGAACGAUGAGCACAAUGCCUGGACUCCCUACUCGGCCUUGCUUCUAUGAUAUCGAUUUGGAUCCUGAAACUGAGCAGGUGAAUGGACUCUUCUAAACAG